UGAGCUGCGCGCGCCUGUGUUGGUUGGCGCCGCGGCGAGAUGAGCGGGGCAGGGUCGGCGGGCACGGCCCGGGGGCUGCGGGUAGACGGGCUGCCGCCGCUACCCAAAAGCCUGAGCGGGCUGUUGCACUCGGCGGCGGGCGGCGCGGCGGGCGGCUGGCGGCACCUGGAGCGGCUGUACGCGCAGAAGUCGCGCAUCCAGGACGACCUGAGCCGAGGGGGCGCGGGCGGCGGCGGGACGAGGGCUUCGGGGACGCGGACCAAGCCCCCUAACCUGGACGCUGCGCUGGCGCUGUUGCGCAAGGAGAUGGUCGGCCUCCGACAGCUCGACAUGUCCUUGCUCUGCCAACUCUACAGCCUCUAUGAGUCCAUUCAGGAGUACAAGGGAGCGUGCCAGGCAGCCUCCAGCCUGGACUGCACCUAUGCAUUGGAGAAUGGCUUCUUCGAUGACGAGGAGGACUUCCAGGAGCAGGGCUCUCUCCAAGAAGACCAGGGCCGAGGCCCUCCCCGGGACUUGUCUGUUACCCAUCUUUCCAACAGUGACUGGAUUCUGGAGUCCAUCUAGCACCUCUGGAGUCUAUCAGCACAGACAGACUGGCAGCAUCUGUUUCUCUUCUUGCAAGAAAGUACGUCAGGCCUCUUCAUGGUGGACAGUCCACAGGCAUGUGGGAACAUGUGCCACUAGUUUAACUUGUGGGUGAGUGUGGAGUCUGUUGACAAGCGGGACAGCCUGCUCAGUUGGCCGCAGGGUCUUCCCAGAUGACCUAGAGGCACGUUACAAUAUCCUUGCCACCUUUAGUAACACCUGUCGGAAGCGGUGACAAAAGGGUUCCACGUGGAAAGCCUUCAUGGGCACUUUGGGUGAGGUUGCUCUCAGCCCGCUUCUUUGUAGAUGGCAGGUGUGUUAUGUCCUCUCUGGGUUAGGAAUGCCACACAGGCAUGUGAAAUAUGAAAACCAUCAUUUCCCUGCCCAGAGUUUCCAAGGCAGUCUGCAUCUGUUCUUGCUGUUACUGAGCUGAUAGCUUCUUUGCUCAGAUUUAUUUGGAAGUUGCAUCGCUGAUUCAUGAGAGCUUUCCAGAAGGAGGAAAUAUUCUGCCACUCUGGUCAAUUUUCUUUUCUGCAACUACCAAAAUUGAUAACAGGCAUAGGUAGAGGGAAAAGACAGGAAUGAAUAUACAUUGAAUGGAGAGAGAAAGCAAACCUGGGACAAGCUAAUAUUUGUAUCGCUCACCAUAAGCGAGUGACUGUUUAUGGCUACAGACCUGAUUGUAAACCUCAGUGCUGGACAGUAAUCCUUCCAAACAGUAGUUACCUGAAGCCUUAAUAAUAUUUAUUAAAACACUUCAUGAGAGCAUCACACUGUAGGCGAAACAUGGAUAAAAUGCUCAACUG